AUGUCUGAAUCAUCACCCGCAAAUGCCCCGAAGCCGAGCAGUAGCGUCAAACUGGUACUUUUGGGGGAGGCCGCUGUAGGAAAGUCCUCGCUGGUGCUGCGAUUCGUGAACAAUGACUUCCAAGAGAACAAGGAGCCCACCAUUGGAGCUGCCUUUCUGACUCAAAAAUGCUCUCUCCCGACCCGAACAAUCAAAUUUGAGAUCUGGGAUACCGCUGGCCAGGAGCGCUUUGCUUCACUGGCCCCGAUGUACUACCGUAACGCCCAGGCGGCAUUGGUAGUCUACGAUGUCACCAAACCCUCCUCUCUGACCAAGGCCAAGCACUGGGUGGCGGAGCUCCAGCGACAAGCUAGUCCUGGAAUUGUGAUUGCUUUGGUAGGCAACAAGCUGGAUUUAACGAAUGACGGCGGCGAGACACAGGCCGACACCGAAAAUGAAUCGCCUGCGGAGGGUGAUGAUGAGGCCGGUGAGAACCAAGAAGACCAGGAGGAUAAUACACCUGGAGAUGCUCGUAAGGUCUCUACGCGGGAAGCCAGCACAUAUGCGGAAGAGGAGAGUCUUUUGUUCUUCGAGACUAGUGCGAAGACAGGGUUGAAUGUGGUGGACGUCUUCACUUCGAUAGCCAACGCCAUUCCAGAGAGCAGUUUGAAGAGCGGACGAGGCGGUGGCGCUGGCACCGGGCAGACCACUCUUGGAGGUGGCGGCCGAUCAGGCGAAGACUCAAGAGUGAAUCUGGGGGAUCGCGGUGCUGCGACGGCGAAGGAAGGAUGUGCUUGUUAA